AUGGUGUGCUUACGAGCGUGGAAAUGUGGAAUGGAUUGCUCGUCCCCCGUGCAAGAAUUUGAAUUUUCACCACUACAAUUUAGAGGGCCCCAUCUCCAGUUUCGCCCCGGGCCCCCGAAAUAUCAGGACCGGCCCGGCGCCGCGCCCCGCCCCCUCCGCUACGGCAGGUGCGACACGUCCUUCGCCGCGGUGCGAACGCGGUACGGCCCCCGGAGCGCCGCGCCCCGCCCCCUCCGCUACGGCAGGUGCGACAUUUUCUUCGCCGCGGUGCGAACGCGGUACGGCCCCCGGAUCGUUGGCCUCGGACAGGACAGGAACCUCAUCUACAACCCCGAGACCUCCAAGGAGGUCCAGGGGCCUCCCCUCCUCGACCGUUUGGCACACCCCGUCCUGAUCCCGCACGGCAGCGAGCUGUUCGCGCUCUCGCGCAGCCCCUCCGUCUUCUUGGGGGCGGACUUCAUGCCCUGGUUCUUCAUCUUCGACCUGGAUAAGGACGCCGGAUGGCGCUCCCUCCCGCCGCCGCCCGUCUUCCCGUGCCGCCUCAACCCGCUGGAGUACCGCGACCCGCCGGAGGUCCGCGUCGCGGCCUACGCCGUGGUCGGCUCCCACAUCCUGCUCUCCGUGCAGCAGGACAAGGGCACCUGUGCUUUCGAUGUGGACGCCAGGAAGUGGGAGAUGGAGGACGACAGGAACCUGCCUUUCGUCGGCCAGGCCGUGUCCCUCGGCGGCCACCGCUUCGUCGCCUGCUCCAGAGCGAGGGGCGGCACCGCCGCAGUAUACCGCAUAGAGGUUGUCCCGGCAGGAACCACCGAGCCCACGGGGAGGGCAGAGCUGUCCGUCUCCAUCAUUGAGCUGCCGGUGAAAUCGAAGGGCAUUGUGCCGGGGCAGCUCUUGUGCGCCAUGGGGACGGCUACUCCCUGGUGGUGGAGGGGGAUGAUGAUGCUAGCACCAAUCCGGUUGUCGUGGUGAAGGAGCAAAGGCAGAUUUACAAACUACGUGAUCCAUCCUGUCAUUUGGCUUUUCCUUUGCCGGUGAUUGCUGCUUUAACCGUGUAAGCAGCAGAACCCUCUUUUAGAACCUCUUCUAGCGUUGCACACUUAUAUUGUGAUGACAAA